AAAGCUUUUGGACGAUUUUCGAUCCUCGUUGAAGACCGGCUCAGUUCAUAUGUUUGGAGUUUCGAUAAACGCAAGUUUUCUUUGACUGUUCAGUUAAUUCUAGACCUUUAAGAGAGGCAUCUGUUAUUUCACCAUGAAUGAUUUACGGUGUGGAUGCAUAUCUUUCUGGGGAGCCUUCAUCUUUGCGAUAUAUGCAGCAGCCUUAUGUCAAGCUGGUCAAAAUACCGGCCCAGAUUUCUCUAGCAAAUCAACAACAAGCAGAGAAGGGGAUGAACAAUUUCGAUAUUCAUCUCUAUCUCGCCUUUCAACUGUCCAAGCUUCCUCCAAUAAAGAAGCCAAGAAUCAUCGGAAGAAACAUUGGAAGAAAGUUUUAUCAAAUAAUGAUGAAACGCGUUCACAUUCGUUUAGCUUCAGGCAGCCUUAUUUUGUACCACAGUUAAAAAGAACGUAUGGUCGGAUUGAGAUUGCAGCCUGCAUGGACAAUUUCACUUAUGAUAAUCCAUUGAUAGGACUGAACAGGCAAAACAUUGUUCGUCAUGUGAAACCGGGUACCCGUGUCAUGAGUAGAACUUGCAUCGACCACAACGCACCGUGCUACGGUAUAUGCGUGAAAAGUGGAGGGGGUGCCAUAUGUAAGCAGCAGUAUGGCUAUGUGAUGGUUCCGGUGCAGAAGUCGAUCUCCAGAGGUCGAGUCGAGUAUGAAUACGACUUUAUAAAGUACAACAUGUCAUGCAGUUGUGCCAUACAAGAGCCAAUCAGAUAGGCCACGUGGUAUCAGGAAAAUAGAAAAAUUUGUAUCCCGUAAAAUGUUAUUAUUUAAGGCAAUAUAAGUCGUGAUUGUUUAAAUAUUAGGAAUGUUUAGAGUAAAGUGCACCUUUUUUAAAAUGCCUAACCCUAUAAUCAUAUUUUAUAUAAUGUAGAUAGGAAAGAGUUGCGAAUCUAUACAGUAGGGGCUGUGGGAAGCGAGUCUCCCCCCCCCCCCCUCUUCAAAGCGAAAAAUGUGGAAACAAGAGACAGAGAUGGUGAGAAAACGAAAGUGAGACGGAAACGAUAGCCCCCCCCCCCC